AAACACAAAGGAGUAUUGUGCUUGGUGACCAUCUUCAUGGCUUGCUCUAUUUUCCCAUCUGUCUCUGUACUGCAUGCUCCGCACAACACUUGUCGCCGGAAGGACCCCCCAGUUGUCGGUUUCAGGUUCUGAUAGGCCGGAGAUUUCUGAGAGCACGAGCGUGUUGUUGUUGUUGUGAUUGGACGUCUAUUUGGGGGUGGGCGUAGUACCAACGCAACUGCUCCUCACUCCCUUAGCGUCGGGGGCUUUUGCUUAGAGUCGUGCUGUUCAUCAGGUUGCGAAUCGGCGCCAAACUUUAUGCUUUGUCGUGAAUUGGCUCUUGCUUGUUGAGAGUGCGUGCGUGCGUGCGUGGAGUUUGGGUGGAAGAGGUUUUGGUUAUCUCGUGGGUUGCAUCUUCGCAGUGUGUUAUAACUGCGACGGUUUUCAAGCCCCUAAUUCAUCCCUUGUUCUGGACCCCGGGGUGUUGGUUGCGGGAAAGGGUUACCGGGUUUGUGGUUUAAGCAUAUUUGGUCAGUGACUUCGCAAGUUUUUAAUGGCGGAGACCGAGAUUUGCUACAGUGGAGGUCCCCAACCUCCAUGGCUGGACAAGAACGCUUGGUACAUUCCUGUACAAGUUCCAAAGGAACACGCCGAUCGAAUGCCCAGAAUCGCAUUGCACAAAGUUGAGCUAAAGGUGCACAUGUGUUGCCCCAAAUGUGCGGAGAUAGUGGCUGAAGAAAUCAGAUACUUGGGCGGAGUUUUUAACGUGGAAGUCGACCAGAAGAACUCCAAGGUGACUGUCACUGGGAGACCAGACCCAGAGCGGGUAUUGAAGAGGGCGAGGAAGGUGGAUAGGCACGCAACGUUCUGGCCAACACCUCCGCCCCAAGUCGUUCAAGUGGUCGAGGAGGUGGUGGUGGAGAAGCCAAAGGAAGACGAGAAAAAGGAAGACCCUAAAACUGAAGAAAAGAAGGAAGAGGUCAAGGCGGAGGGGAAGAAGGAAGACUCGAAGGAGGAGAAGGUGGAAGUGAAGGAGGAGAAGAAAGAGGAGAAGAAGGAAGAAUCUUCCACUCCUGUGGUAACGCAAGUGCAGUAUCCCCCGCCUUACUCCACGUAUGGAACUGCCUACGGAUAUCCUCCUUACGGAUUCGACUACAGACCGAGCCAAUCUUACACGCCUCUCUAUCCCGAUUACCACAUGGGUUAUGGUCCUCAAAUUCCCUUGUACAAUCCCAACUACAUGAAGCACGUCAAGAUAGCCUACUGAGACUGCCUCGCAGUUCGAAGCACUGUUUUGUGUGCCUGGACACAUUAAUGCGAGGUGAUUCGGAGGCAACUGUAGUAGUGUACAUUAAAUUGGAUAACCAGAACUUGCUUACUAGUUUAUGCCUGAAGUCAUCGUAGGUAGAGUGAUGGCUGGGCUUGUACCACUCCAGCUUAGCGCACAACCCCCCCCCCCCCCCCCCCCCCCGAUUUCGCUUUGAAAAAUUAGUCUUUAGUUGCGAACGGUUUGUAGAAUUGUUGUAGCGAAGGCGCAAAGCAUAGGGCUAGUGGCAGGUGGUUAUAGUCGCCUCAAGCAGGCGUAGCUCGUUGCGAUCGGAUCCCAACAGAACCCUUCGUAAGAAAUACGCUGUCGCAAGGAAGCUGCUGCAAUCAAUUCUGUUUUCAUUUAUUUUACUUUAAUCUCAAGUGCUUUUUGGUGAUUCAUCCAA